CUGAUGUCUGCAUAGUAUCCAGCCACGCGUCCCACACAGGAGAAGUUGGUUCGAUACUCAGCUAGUACUGACUCAAUCACGUGGCCAGAUUUUUCACCCUAGAGGAAACGUGUUUUAAGUGUCAGCAGCAUUAUGGAGUCGAAACCUCAACACCAGGGAAUGAAGGACCCAAGAACACGCGACAAGAGGAAUCGGCAGUUUCAGCAACACUGCUGCUAUAAAAUGCCGGAUGUGACCAUCAUCAUGUAUAUAGAUACAUAGUGCAGUCUUGUAAAAGCCAAUGGAAGUCUCAGGUGAUAAUGCUCUAGCCGAAAGGCUUAGAAGAGAAGACCCAGAACAGUUUCACAUUUUGGUCAGAAUGCAUUUAUCAUUUGUAUUGGACCUCAACACUGAUGACUGUUUGUCUGAAUCGCAUGUCUCCACCAUCCACUGUCUUGGCGGUGUGAUGCAUGUACUCUCUAGUAUAUGGAAGGAUUCAUAUUGCUGUGUGCAGUCAUUACAAACUAGUCAAAGUGAACAGCAUGCUAGCAGCUUAGAACUUGUAUGUUGUGAAUGUUCCUCGGAGAAGGCAAAAUCUCGUCUGCAAAAAUGGGGUUUUGUUCCAUUUUCCAAGAAAGGGAAGUGUGUUGUGAAAGGUGUAAUGGAGGGAGCACCACUUACACAGGAGGGUAUCUGUCAAGUCUACCAACUUAUCGAAUUCCUCAGCAAGGAGCAAAAUAUCUGCCAGGAAGGAAUCUUUCGACGUAGUGGCAAAAUAACUCGUCAGCAAGAGCUGAAAUCGCUGCUAAAUCAAGGACUGCCACUGAACCUGGAUAAUGGUCAUUUUUCAGUCCAUGAUUGUGCUUCUGUGCUAAAGAACUUUCUGGCAGAACUUCCUGAAUCUUUGCUCACUGAUGCUCAUUAUCCAGCAUAUUGUCAGAUAGCAGAAAUGUGUGGAGGUAUACCAGGCUCCUCAGAUCAACCAAGUGGUAAAAACAGUGAGAACCGUCUGCUGAGGGCAUUGCAACUAUUGUUUUUGCUGCUUCCAACAGAGAAUCGUGUCUUACUAAAAGACAUCCUGCAAUUACUGCAUCUAACAGCUAGUCAUGAGGGAAAGAAUAAGAUGUCUGCUGAUAGCCUGGCCACACUCUUCACACCUCAUCUACUUUGCCCACGCAAGCUCAGUCCUGAAGCUAUUCAUAUUAACUCACAGACUAUGUCAGGAGUGAUAGCUUUUAUGAUUCAACAAGGUACAACACUAUUCAACAUCCCCCCAAAACUUGCAACUGACAUUCGUGCUUAUCUAGCUGAGCGGGAAAGAAGAAAACUGCCACCAAAGAAAGAGCUGAAUGAGAGUGUGUGUGAUGGGACAGCAGCUAACACAAUAUUCACUUUUGUGGAUCGGGAGCGUACAGCCCUGGCACAUGUUGUCAACCCAACAGAGGCUGCUUUAGCACAGCUAUAUGCACAUAUCCAGUCUUUGCCUGAGUCUUCUAAGAAAAAGAAACUCAUCAAACAGUUUAACAAGGAAAAUGGCCAGGGCACACCACUACAGGUCAACAUCAGAAGGAAGAAUCAUCUGAGGAGCAAAAGUCUUGGGGAUUCCAUUAAAAAGCACAUUUUCCACAAAGGAACAAAGCAGCAAAAGAGUAAUAAUACUCAAAGUCAAUUUAAUGGGUCACGUUCUCUAAGCCAGGAAAUGAUAAAUAAGUCAGGAACCUGUAUGAAGCUAUUUCAGAAGAGCAUGGAAGAAGACUCACAUUCUUAUGUUGGGCAAGAUGAGAUGUCAAGGUUGCACAAGUCACUUAUAAGUAGUACCAAUUGUGUUCCUCUUCAGCUCCAAUAUACUAUGCUUAACAACUCCAAGCCUGAAAGGCAUUCCGAUUCCUCCAACAACAAAGACAUAGUUCACGGAACUGAAACUACUGCCACAGAAGAAAUUCUGCAAAAACUGGCAAGCCAGAUUGCUGCAAACCAUCAUGAUGACAAGAAAAAUGAACUCUUUUCUGGUUCCAUUUUAGAUUCAAGGAAGAGAGUAUCAACCACCAGUUUUGAGUCAUCAUGUGAGAAUGGCAUCUCACCUCCCAAGGCUUCUUGCUGUUCUGCAGACCUCAACCUGCCUUCCUCAUCCUGUACUCCAUCCACACCUUGCCAGUCAUUAGCCGAGAACCAAGGUACAGACAUAUGGCCUGUGAGUAAUCCUUCUGCUACUGCUGCUGCUUUGCCAGCCUCAUGUGAUUUUUCUGUUGACUGUCAAACUGCUUUGCCUGGCUUCUUCUCCCCUUCACCUCCUCUGGGACACACUAACAUUAGAUUAACUCCUCGGAAUGCUCUGACUGGUUUCCUGACUACAAGUACGCCAGCAUCUCAGUCCCGAUUGAGAGUUCCCUGCAGUACUAGAGGCCCAUUUGAUGCUAACCAAAGCAGCUGCUUGCUUACCCCAAUAGCUGAUGAAAGUAAUUCUAUGUCGCCCAUUACCAGAUCAACACAGAAAAUGUCCAAAGCCAUGCAGGAAACGAUGAUGACACCCCGAUGUAGAAAGCCUGUAGUUCUGUUAUCAGGGUCAAACCUGUGUCAUUUGGCAAACAUUAGUACAUUGGGGACUAGACAAAAACAUUCUUGCCAGGAAGGGAAUGGUGGUAGUUACAACUCUAUUGCAGAAGACAAGGAGACUGUACAUAACAAAGAAGAUUGCCAAAUGGGUAGCUGCAAUACUAGUUAUAGUAUGGAAUAUGUUUCAGUCAAAACCUUAGGCAAUGAUGCCAUACAUAUCCAGGCACUGGUAGAAGACGGAGAAAAUGAGGAUUUUAAGACUGAAGAGAUAUGUUCUGCUUCAAGCAAAUACAUGCCUAAUGACAGUGGUUCACUGACAAGCACAUUCAGAUCAUAUCUCCUGAACCGCAGUGUACUUACCACAAGCCCAGUAGAUCUAAGCUUUUCAAGUAGAACAGGAGACUUUGAUACUUCAGAAAGCGAUGAUGAGGAAAAGAUUCUGGAAAGAGAAACACUUAGUACAUCUCUGUUAUACUGCCUUGAUGGUAACCAGCCAUCCAUUUGUGGUGUGACUGAUGAACAGGUAAAUGAUAUGUAUGGCAGUUGCUGUGAUGGCAGCAGAAACUCAGGAACAGUAUUGAAGGAACAGUUGGUAAAGGAGACACCCAGAGUACACGAGACUAAUUUGCAGUAUUGUAGUAGAAGUGAUGACGAUGGGAAGAUAUGUCAAGUAACUUCUAAAGCAGCUUUAAUAUCAGACUCAGAAGAAUUUAGUAAAAACAUAAUAUAUGAAACUUCCCUCUGACAAGACUUGACAGUAUAUUUUAUUAAAUAAGGUGCCAUUAAAAUUUCAGAGGUACUGGCAUAUGCUACUGUGAAAUAUAGAGUACUAAUAUUUUUAGUAGUACUGGUUUGCUAUUUGUUUUUAUUCCACAUUAAAGUGUCCUAUGUAAUUUUAUGUUAACAAAUGUGCCUUUACUUCUGAUGCUAGAAAUCUCUUGCCAUUAGAUUGGUUAAUACAUGUUAACUAAACUGCAAUGGUUUGAUGUGACUGCCAAAAUAUUACAGAAAUGAAAUCAAAACAUUAAUACUGCACAUUAACUUAACCUUGAUUUUGAUAGUGGACUUUCCUCUGUUCUAGAUACAACAGUUAUACUGACAUAACUGUCUUCUUGAGUUACAACCAAAACUUGAACACCAACCUGUUUUUCUCCUUUUACCUCUGACAUUUCACUAGUGCUAGGCUAAAGGGGGGAACUUCCUAAAAUUUGAGGAAAUGACACAGUAUUUCUAAAAAUGUGCAGAAAUAUUUUUACACAAUAACGUGUAAAGCUGAAGUAGUAGUUUUGCUAGAAAACAGGCAAUAUGAAAUAACAGGUUGUAAACUAGCAGUCAUACUUUGUGAUUUCUUAGUUUAUAUCCAUUGUCUAGCACUGGUGAUGUAUAGACAAAGGGAGUGGGAAGUGAGGUUAGAUCCUAUUUUAAAUAUUAAUCCAUUAAUUACUAGCAAAUUUUAAGUUUAAUAAACUAUUUAUUCCAUUCAGAUUGAUGACUUGUAAACUUACAAAGUGCAUUAUCAGUUUUAAGGAACUGCAUCCUCAGAUCUUGUCAUUUUUCUCUUGCUAUUCAAGCUGGUAAAUGUGUGUUAAUGGCAUCUGCUACAAUGUCAAUAUUUUUGAUUGAAAUAUUUCUUUGGACUACAUUAAUUUCUUGUAAAAAUCUUUCCCAUUGCCCAUGCUACUGAUGACACUUAUAAAUUAUACUGUCACUGUAUGAAAACUAUACAGAAUCACUAUUUGUUAUUAUAAAACCAUUUAAAUACAUGAUAGGAUGGUGUAACUGAAUUAUUUCUUUUUGUAAUCCCAAUUAAAUUUAUAUCAGUUGAACAUGAAUGAUGUGUAAAUGCUGGGGUUGAAAGUAUAACACUUGAAAAAUGCAUUUAAAAUGGCAAUAUGACAAAAUGACCCUGAUAAAACUAAAUGGCUUGGAAUACAUGAACAGUAAGUUAAUAAAAAAAACUUUAUUUUCA